AUGUCUGCCCAGUUUUCUGCACAGGCACCCUGGAGGAACAACAACAACAGUUUUCUGACCAGAGAGGCAGCUGUAACAGAGCAAGGAGAGACUAUCAUAGGUUUCUACCUGUUGGCUUUAGGCUGGUUGUCUUGGUUUGGAAACAGCAUUGUGAUUUUUGUCCUGUACAAACAAAGACACCUUCUGCAGCCUACUGACUACCUCACGUUUAACUUGGCAGUAUCAGAUGCCAGUAUCUCUGUUUUUGGGUAUUCACGGGGCAUCAUUGAGAUCUUCAAUGUCUUCAGAGAUGAUGGAUUCAUUAUCACGUCAAUAUGGACUUGCCAGGUUGAUGGCUUCAUGACACUUCUUUUUGGCCUGGCUAGCAUUAAUACCCUUACAGUGAUCAGUGUGACACGCUAUAUCAAGGGCUGCCAUCCUGAGAGAGGUCACUGCAUCAGCAACAGCAGCAUGUCGGUGGCUCUGGUUCUCAUUUGGGUGGCAGCUUUCUUCUGGUCCGCAGCCCCAUUGCUUGGCUGGGGCAGUUAUACAGAUCGCAUGUAUGGCACAUGUGAGAUAGACUGGGCAAAAGCCAAUUUCUCUACAAUCUACAAGUCCUACAUCGUCUCCAUUUUUAUCUGCUGUUUUUUCCUACCUGUCACAGUCAUGGUCUUCUCAUAUGUGUCGAUCAUCAACACUGUCAAGCUAAGCCAUGCAUUGACAGGACUGGGUGAUCCCACAGACAGACAGAGGAGAAUAGAGCGGGAUGUCACCAGGGUUUCUAUUGUCAUUUGCACAGCCUUCAUUAUUGCAUGGUCACCAUAUGCUGUUAUCUCUAUAUGGUCUGCCUAUGGUCACCCUGUGCCCAACCUUACCAGCAUCCUUGCCAGUUUGUUUGCUAAGUCUGCUAGCUUCUACAAUCCCAUUAUCUACUUUGGAAUGAGCUCCAAAUUUCGAAGGGACAUUUUCAUCUUGUUCCAUUGUGCCAAGGAAGCCAAGGACCCUGUGAAGCUCAAACGUUUCAAAAACCUCAAACCGAAGCAGCCACAGCCUUCUCAGAAAGAAGAGAAGUAUGCACCAGCAAUGCACCCUGCACCAAGCCCCGAUUCCGGGGUGGGAAGCCCAACCAACACCCCACCUCCAGCAAACAGGGAAGUGUAUUUUGGUAUUCUGGAUACACCAUCCAAUAACCCCAAUAUUGAAUGUGAUAGAUUGUAA